AUGAAGUCUGUCAUCCUCGCCUCCACCAUCGCCUCCGUAGCCGUGGCCCAGGCCUACACUGCCGCCGAGCAGGCUAAUGUCCAGGCCAACCUGAUCUUCGACCCUAAGACGGUUGCUGGAAAGACCGUUGACUAUAUUAUCGCUGGAGGUGGUCUAACUGGUCUUACUGUUGCGGCCAAGCUGACUGAGAACCCUAACAUCAACGUUCUCGUUAUUGAGAAGGGAUUCUACGAGUCAAAUGAUGGGCCAGUCAUCGAGAACCCCAACGACUACGGCCUAAUCUUCGGCAGCUCCGUUGACCAUAACUACCUCACUGUUUCCCAGGACAUCAACAACCGCACCUUAGAUAUUAAGGCUGGUAAGGGCCUCGGUGGUUCUACCUUGGUCAACGGUGACUCCUGGACCCGUCCGGACAAGGUCCAGAUUGAUUCCUGGGAGACCGUCUUUGGUAAUCCUGGUUGGAACUGGGACAAUCUAAAUGACUACAUGAAGAAGGCCGAGCUCGCCCGCUACCCUACUCAAGCUGAGAUUGCCGCCGGUCACUACUUCAACGCUUCCUGCCACGGCUUCAACGGAACCGUCCACAGCGGGCCCCGUAAUGACGGCCGGCCCUAUUCUGUCCUCAUGAAGGCCCUCAUGAAUACCACCGCAGCUAUGGGCGUUCCUACGCAGAAGGAUUUCCUCUGUGGUCACCCACGCGGUGUCUCCAUGAUCUACAACAACUUAUUGCCCGACCAGACCCGUGCCGAUGCUGCCCGCGAGUGGCUUCUUCCUAAUUAUCAGCGCCCUAACUUGCACGUCCUUACCGGCCAGAUCGUCGGAAAGGUUCUUUUCAACCAGACCUCAGCUGGUCCAAAGGCCGUUGGUGUUAACUUCGGUACAAACAAGGCCGUUAACUUCAACGUCUAUGCUAAGUAUGAGGUCCUCUUAGCCGCUGGCUCUCUUGUCUCCCCGCUGAUCCUCGAACACUCUGGUAUUGGUAUAAAGUCCGUCCUUGACCAGUUCAACAUUACCCAGCUUAUUGAGCUCCCCGUUGGUCUCAAUAUGCAAGACCAGACCACUACAACCGUCCGCGCCCGCGCUAAGUCCGUAGCUGCCGGUCAAGGUCAGGCUGUGUACUUUGCCAACUUCACUGAGGUCUUCGGCGACUAUACCCCUAUGGCUGUUGGGUUGCUGAACAACAACCUCGACCAGUGGGCCAACGAGACCGUUGCCCGUGGUGGUUUCCAUAAUGCCACUGCUCUGAAGAUUCAGUACGAGAACUACCGUAACUGGCUUCUCAAUGAGGACGUUGCCUACGCCGAGCUCUUUAUGGACACCAAUGGCAAGAUCAAUUUCGACUUAUGGGAUCUCAUCCCGUUCACCCGCGGCUCCACCCACAUUACCUACGCCGAUCCCUACCUCCAGUCAUUCAGCAACAACCCCCGGUUCUUGCUGAACGAGCUUGACCUUCUUGGUCAGGCCGCUGCCUCAAUGCUUGCACGUAAGCUCCAGAAUAGCGGCGAGAUGUCGAACUAUUUUGAUGGAGAGGACAUCCCCGGUGCUGACCUCUUGUCCUACAACGCUACCCUCGACGACUGGGUUGGCUAUGUCAAGCAGAACUUCCGUGCCAACUGGCAUGCUGUCUCCACGUGUUCCAUGAUGUCUAAAGAGCUUGGCGGUGUUGUUGAUCCUACCGCAAAGGUCUAUGGCACCCUGGGCCUUCGUGUUAUCGAUGGGUCUGUUUCGCCCACCCAGGUGUCUUCCCAUGUCAUGACUAUCUUCUACGGUAUGGCCUUGAAGAUUGCAGAUGCAAUCCUGGCGGACUACAACAAGUCCUAA